GCGGAGCGGGGGGCUCGCCGGGGACCGCCCGGUGGCACCGCCCGCAGCGCCGCGGUGAGUGGGCGGCUGCGCUCGGGGGCGACGGGAAGGGUGGAGAGAGGAUCUAUGUGAGAAUGACCAUGUUCUUGUGUCUCUUAUACUUCAUAUCUGGAUCUCAAAGUAGCUGUAGUUUGGGGGAGACCAGUGAAUAUCCUGCUCCGUUAUGAGAAGCAUUCACCAACAUAAAGCAAUCUGGAAGAAGAUUUCUCUUAAGAAAAUCAAAGAGCAUAGAAUCCUUUAAUAAAGCAGAAGACAUUGAGAAUUUCAUGAGCUUUUGGCUAUCCAAGUCUUAAAAGAGAUGAACCGUUACACAAUUAUGAAACAACUGGGUGAUGGCACCUAUGGCAGUGUGUUGAUGGGGAAGAGCAACGAGUCAGGAGAACUUGUGGCUAUCAAAAGAAUGAAAAGAAAGUUCUAUUCAUGGGAUGAAUGUAUGAAUUUGAGAGAAGUCAAGUCUCUGAAGAAGCUAAACCAUGCCAAUGUAAUAAAAUUGAAAGAAGUCAUACGAGAAAAUGACCACCUUUACUUUGUAUUUGAAUAUAUGAAGGAAAAUCUCUAUCAGUUAAUGAAGGAUAGAAACAAGUUGUUCCCUGAGUCAGUCAUCAGAAACAUGAUGUAUCAGAUAUUACAAGGGCUGGCUUUUAUCCACAAACAUGGAUUUUUUCAUAGAGAUAUGAAGCCUGAAAACCUUCUCUGUAUUGGACCAGAACUUGUGAAAAUAGCAGACUUCGGUUUGGCUAGAGAACUAAGAUCUCAGCCACCUUACACAGAUUAUGUUUCUACCAGGUGGUACCGUGCUCCUGAAGUUUUGCUGAGAUCAUCUAUCUAUAGCUCACCUAUUGAUAUGUGGGCAGUUGGCAGCAUAAUGGCUGAAUUAUACACACUAAGGCCUCUUUUCCCAGGCACAAGUGAAGUAGAUGAAAUCUUCAAAAUUUGCCAAGUACUGGGGACUCCAAAAAAGAGUGACUGGCCAGAAGGAUACCACCUUGCUUCUGCCAUGAAUUUCCGUUUCCCACAAUGUGUCCCUAUAAGCCUAAAAACUCUCAUCCCAAAUGCAAGCAAUGAAGCAAUACAGCUUAUGAGUGACAUGCUAAACUGGAAUCCAAAGAAGAGACCUACAGCAAGUCAGGCUUUGAAGUAUCCUUACUUUCAAGUUGGCCAAAUUUUAGGACCUCCUCCACAGUAUCUGGAGAAGCAGACUCCUAUUAAACCGGUUCAGCCAACAGAGCCAAAGCCAGCUUUUCCUAAACUGGAAGCUAUAUCCAAGCCAGAACCUCUGUCUUCACCUGAUUUACCUGACAAAACAGAGCCACAGUCCCUGCCAAAGGUUAACCACCAGCCUCUCCAGCAAAUUCAGUUGCCUCAGAAUACAGCUAACCAGCAAGUACCAAAGCAGCAGCAGCCACAGGCACAACCAUUUUUUCCAAUUAUCAAUAAAAAUUCAUCACCUAAACAAGCAGCUAGUGGCCCUCUGAAUGUUGCACUAGGUCCUAAAAGCUGCAGAAGACGAUGGGGUCAGACUUUGGUAAAGGCUAUGGAUAGCUGGGAUGACUUGGAUGACCCUGAAUUUGGAAUGUCAUGUUCAAAGAAGCCUAGCAUUGCAUUGUUAAAAGAAAAGAAAAACAAGGAAUUUAUUUUUAGUGUGCCAGAACCAAAGCCUUCAUGCUAUAUCCAGCCAGGAGCAGAAAAUAAGGUUCUGAUGAGAAAUGAUUCUGGAAGAUCAAAUACAUCAGCAAAACAGUACUAUCUAAGACAAUCAAGAUAUCUACCUGGUGUAAACCCAAAGAGUGUCUCUUUAGCAGCAGUCAAUAGAGAAGGAUCACAAGGAACCUGGAACAACCAGUUGUUUUCUAAAUCGCUGGCACAUACUGGAGGAGGAUUUACUUUCAGGAGAAAUACUACAGAUGAGAACUUAAUUAUACCUAUUGAAAAGCUAUCGUGCAAAGAAAGGUUUAAUGAAAAAUUAGAAGAUCCAAAAGGAAAUCCUGGCUUUGUAAGUAGUGCUGCUUACAACCCAUCAGGAAUAUACACCCCGUCCUUCCAUAAAAAAGAAGUUGGCUCAGCGGGACAACGGAUACAGCUAGCACCUCUUGGUGCACCUGUAUCAGUUCAGAGAAGACGAACAGAAGUGCUCAGGAUGCAGGAGAAACUGGUUUAUUUUUCCUGGAAAACCAAAGCUGCUCGUGCUCCAUUACCAGGUCCUACCUUCAAUUCACCAGCAAAAAACAUGAGUAUCUUAACUUACCCACCAACAAUUCAGCGAGUACAUGGAAGAACAGACUGGGUGGCCAAAUAUGGAGGAAACAGAUAGAAAAUGCCAUCCUGUACAGAUACUACGUGCGCUGUGUUCGGUCCUCCUGCACUUGGAAACCUGAAAUGCCUAUUUGCUCUAACUUUUCUUAAGACUAUGCAAUAGUAAAGAAGAAAAAAAGACCUUGUGUUCUAUUACCUGUUAUAGUACACAUAUAAUACCAUGUAAAAUACUGGCUAUAAAGUAGGAUGUAAUGAAGUAUUGUAUAACACAUAUUGCCAAAACUACUAGAUUUCAUUUGACAUUUUUCUAUAGAUGAUCUCCUAUCCCUGUUACGGUUAUUCAUCCAGUGCAACAUCCACUGUUGGGAUAUGCUUGAAGCACACAAGCAGUUAGAAGUAGGGCUGAAGCAGAGCAGCACCAGGCUUCCAGGUGUUAGGCUGGUUCCUCAGCAGGAAGAUGAGAGUGAAGCACAGCUCCGGCUUUGUGAGGAAUACCAAACUCUCCUACAAGGAUUUCAGAACUCUCUUGUAACUAAGAAUUACUCAGGGUCUGUAAGCUGCAAAUAUUCAUGUAGCAAUGAGAGCUUAAAUCCUUGUAGUGGGACAUAAGCAAUCCACUUAUAGAUACUACACAAGAAAACUCUAAAAACUUGGCUGAUACAUGGCUGUAGAAAGAUAUAGCAAUACUGGAAAAUAGCUAAACAAGUACUGAAUGCUAGACUCAAGCUGUGAAGUGAAGCCUAACAAUUAGAUUCUGCUGUUAUAAUUAACUUAAUGCCAUUUUUGGUCAAAGACCUGUAGAGAUUUUCCUCUGUCCUGUCAAGGGAGUGUCACAGUGACCUUUUAAGAAGCCUGAAUCACUGUGGUCUGUCAGUGAUUUUAAGGGUGAAUAAUAAAAUAAUAAAAUGCAUAAAUUAUCAAUAAACUCCUGUUUCUUUAUAUCUUUAUUGGGUGAUCAAACUUAAACUACAGAAGUUGAACAAGCUACAUGAGGGGCUACAUAUUGGGCUGUUCUUUAAAAAUAUUGUUUUCUGGUUUAGAUCUUAAAGGCCAACUUAGGUACCUAAAAACACACAGCAACUUUAAUAAUUCAUUGUGUCGCUGUUUAUAUGCUCGUUCAGUACUUUCCCCAGCUUUUAUGGUAAGUUUUAUAAUAAUAUCGUGCAAAGGACUUUGCAAUGUACAAUAAACUGUUUUUUUAGGAUGUUGAACUAGGCUAUUUCUGUUAACAAUUGCAUUUAGAAUAGAUGCUUUAGACUUAAUAGUUACAUUAAACUUGCCAUUUUGAAGUAUAAACAGAGUAUGUUCUUUAAGGAUUUAAAGCUGUUAAUGAUUACUUUAAGCAUUGUAAAAAAAAGAAAUGUAUUUGUAGGCUUUUAUAAUGGAUAUUAAAAUUUAAAUUUCUGUUGUUGACCCAAUCUUUCAUAAUAUAUAGGUUACAUUAAUUUCCUGGAAAGCAAUUUAAUCUAAAACAAUUUUACCAAAAAGUCAAAUAUUUUGUUAUUAAAAUUGCACCUAAAGAAAAUGCCACUUUAAUACUGUAAGAGCUACACAGGGAUAGGGAUAUAUGGUUAGUAAUGCACUAGAGAGUUUAAUUCAAUUGCCAUUGGUCUAGGAUUAAAUAUUUGUCAUUCCAUUAGUACUAACAGAUGUUCCUAUGCUAUUUAAAUGUGUCUUAAUUUAUUGGUAGAAUAUAUGUAACUUGUCAUGGCAAUGAAGGACAACCUCAGAAUGUUUGUAACAGGCAUUAAAGCAAUGGUUUUAUAAUUAAAAAACAAGAUAAAUUAAUCACUUGUCUCUAGUACAAUAUGCCAAUGAUUAAGUUAAAAACACGGCCUGGUCAAGGAACAUCCAAAGCUCACAUGUCCAUAGCUCACAUGUCCGUAAGUCACCUAGAGCAGAAAAAUAAACAGGUACUAUUUCUGGCACUAAAUAUGGCUAGAAGAAACAUGCUGUCCCUUACCCUAUGCUAAUGAACCUUGAAAGGGCUUUGACAUAACUAAACCAGCCUUUACUUGUUCAUAAUCAAAGCAUGACCAGUGUUAAAAAAUUCUUCUUGCAAACAGCAAGAAAAGGCUAAUGAGCUCUGUACAGUCAUUUUCAUUCUGAUUCAUUGACACAUUAUCAGAUUGUUAGUGCAGAAAUGCCAUCUAAUGCUUAAAAAAUUUAGUAUGCUGAAAAAGUUUCAAGGGGGUAAAGAGUUUGUAAGACUAAAGCUUUUCUCUUGUCCCUUUGUCUGUAUUACUGCUGUUUCUCCUGAACAUGAAAAGUGGUAACACAUUCUACCAGCAGUUCUCAGUUCAAGCUACUGCUUUCCAAAGCUCAUGGAACAGCAGCUUAAGACUUUGGUCUAAGAGUUUAAAAGCUUUUAAGUCCAAUUCCCUGUUUUCUAUUUUCUUUAUUCCAUCAGAGACAACUGCAGCUCAAAUUUGCAAGUUACCUGAUUUGAGACCAGCAUUAUACAAUUAGAAAACUGCUGGAUCAUGGAUGUUCUCAUUUUAUUGCAGGAGAUGCAUUUAUGUGUGCAUCUUACUUCUACAGAAGAAAAUUGAUUCAACAGCAAUAUGAAGAGGCAAAAAAAAAUAUGAAGUAGUUUAAAGAGAAGUGUCUUAAAUGCUAAUGCUAAUGGCUUACUAACUUUUUCAAGUUAGAGCAGAGACACUGAGACACUUGCCCACCAAUGGUGAGUCCAUGGGCUGGGAUUAGGCACUUAAAAGGAUGACAUAUAAACAAACCAUCUUCUGUUUCUAUGCAGGGAGGCAAGAGGGAAAUGUAAAUACAGGAGAACACCUGAAGCUGAACUCUGCAGGAUGAUGAAUAAGGGUUUUAAGAAGAUGCUCUGAGUACAGUUCCCCCUCAAGAUCUCACUGCCUGUGCUCAAGCCAGCUCUGACCUAAGUUGUUUGGCCUGGGAACAGGCUGCUGAGACCCUUGCUGGAGCUGCACCCAUUCCUGGCCAUGUCUCUGAGGAUCUGGAACCCAAUCUGAUUGACCUGGCAUCCUGGCUUGAUCUCAGCCUUGCCUCACCAUUGUGAGUUGCCUGGCAAACUGCACUGCUGGCAGAGCAUGGCUAUGGCUAUGGCCACUGGCCCAGCUCUGCACCUCCUGCUCAGGCAGCACAGGGUCACUGACCUGCCUGUUUUGCUGCAGCAAGGAACGAGGAAAGGAAAACUACAGGAUGUGACCCUCCUGCAAAGCUACUAGCCUGAUACUUAGAGAAUUCUAAGCAACUCUAGGGUCU